CAAUAUAUACUAAAACAGAUAAUAUUAUAAAGUUAAGGGACUCGAGUGCAAAACUCAAAAAAGUUCCCAUUGACCUAAAACUAAAAGACCACCGAUUCAUUAGAAAUCCAUCCCUCUCACUGUCAAAACCCGAGAAGCAGAAAAAAGCAAAAAACAGAUUUCGAAGUUUCGACGCCUCUCUAUUCUUCGAUCUCUUUCAUAUUUGAAUCGUUCACCUUCUUGCCGAUCUUCGGAGUAUAUUACAAGGUUCUUAACGGAUCUCUAAAUCUUCUGAUUUAAGAAGAUGCUUCCUCUAUCGCUGCUUAAAACUGCUCAAGGGCAUCCUAUGCUCGUGGAGCUUAAGAAUGGAGAGACAUACAAUGGGCAUUUGGUGAAUUGUGAUACUUGGAUGAACAUCCAUCUGCGUGAAGUCAUAUGUACAUCAAAGGACGGAGAUAGAUUUUGGAGGAUGCCGGAAUGUUAUAUCCGUGGUAACACAAUCAAGUACCUUCGAGUUCCGGAUGAGGUGAUUGAUAAAGUACAGGAGGAGAAGACACGCACAGAUAGAAAACCACCAGGUGUUGGACGUGGAAGAGGACGUGGUGUGGAUGAUGGAGGAGCCAGAGGCAGAGGCAGAGGAACUUCAAUGGGGAAGAUGGGUGGCAACAGAGGAGCAGGUCGCGGCCGUGGUUGAUGCAACAAGUUUUAAAGACUCGCUGCCAAAUCUGCUAACUUCCCAUUGUGGAGAAAACCAAAAGUUACAUAAGAAGUUGGUCUGUUGUUGGUUUUCUAUUAAGUAUGUAAGGGAUAGGGAGUGUGUUUUUCGAUUCUCCUUGUGAUCUUUUCGAAAAAUGAAAUUUGUCUUUUGCCUUUUUGUGGUAUAUGUGAAAUUCCAAUUGUUUUCAUUUGCGCUUAAAAAUGAAUCUUUCAGGUCUUGAAUUUAUAUAAUUGUUAGAGAAUUUAUACAAUUAACCAACGACAGGGUUUUUAUAAGAUCUUUGGUCCAUC